CCUGACGUCGGUGUAGAAGCUGAGACCGCGGACGAUGGUGGGAAGAUCUGGGCGGUGCGCGCGCGGAGCGGCCGAGUGGGCAGCUGUCCGAGCUUAGGCCCAGCAGACGAAAAUGGAGAGGACUUAGAGUCUCCACCCUCACCGGGGGACUCGGCCUACCACCGAGAUAAGGUAGAUGAUUUCCAUGAGGCCCGAUCUCGGGCCGCCUUGGCUAAGGGCUGGAGCGAAAUAGAGAGUGGGGACGAGGAGGAUGGCGAUGAGAAGGAGGAGGUGCUUGCCCUAGAUGUUGCCGAUGAGGACGAUGAAGAUGGAGAAAGUGAGGAGGGUGACAAUGAUGAUGGUGGGAGCUCCGUGCAGAGUGAGGCUGAGGCUUCUGUGGGUCCCAGUUUGUCGUGGGGUCAGAGAAGAAACUUCACCACGACACGGACCCAAGCCCUGCAGGAGGACGAUUUUGGAGUUACCUGGGUGGAAGCUUUUGCAAAACCAGUACCUCAGGUAAAUGAGGCUGAGACACGUGUUGUGAAGGAUUUGGCGAAAGUUUCCGUGAAAGAGAAGCUGAAAAUGCUGCGAAAGAAAUCUCCAGAGCUCUUGGAGCUGAUAGGCGACUUGAAAGUUAAGUUGAUAGAGAUGAAGGAUGAGCUAGAGCCAUUGAUACAGUUAGUGGAGCAGAAGAUCAUCCCCCCGGAAAAGGAAGCCAAUACCUAA